AUGGCAUUUUGGGAUCGUCGUUCCUCAGUUGCAAGUAUUAACUGUGGAGAUCGAUUGAAGUCUUCGACAUCUCCUCUAUUCGAUGUUGCGUUCAUUGUCGAUUCGUUAAAUUCAUUCAUACCGUCACUGGCUUUGACAGUUUCCGAUAUUACUUUACCUGUUUCAGAUAAGAUUUGUCAAAUUUAUGCUUCUGUCUCGCAGUUUAUCUUUGGCGUUCCUGAAAAUAUAUUCACAAUCCCGCCGUUUAAUGCAGCACCCGAUUCGGAUCCUGAAAUGUUUAGUAAAACUAUUCCGAAAUUGGUUAUUUACAAAGUAUUAUCGUCAUUAAUUGGAGAUUGCACGGCAGGCCUUGGUAAUUUUUCAUUAAAUGAUUUGCUGGGGCCUACAGAGCGUUCUGUUCGACAUAUCCUCACUCUGCUUAUUGAUUACAUUAUUUUUUUACAGGAGAUGAAUAAGCAAGUCGAUGCAGUUUUUGGAUUAGUUGAUGCAAAGAAAAAUGAGUUGACAGUACGGGAACGACAAAUAAUUUUAUUGGAAAAUGAAGUUGCUCAGGUGGAUACUAAUCUAAAGAAUCAGAAAGAAUUACAAGAUCAAGUUCGUGAAGAAAAACAGAUAAAUUCAAAAAAUUUCGAAGAAAUUUGUUCAGCCAAUGAAUUACUCAAACAACAGUGCAAGACUAAUACUACGCUAAUUACCGAAAGCGCCAUGAUGAUUGCAAGUUUUUUUUUAUUAAAUGAAAUGCAAAAAGAAUAUGAUUCGUUGAAUCUUCAAAACGAAAUUCUUAUUACCAACAUAGUAUCUUCGCCGGAUCGAUUGAAAAUUGAAGUUUCAACUUUGGAAAAGCAAUUAGCGAAACAUGAAGAAGAAAGGGAGAGUAAGGAGAAUGAAUAUGCAAAAUUAAUGGACAAGCAUAAAGUUUUGCUGCUAAAUGAGCAACUAAUUUGCAAACUAAUCAACAGAUUGAAAGGAUUGUCUUCUUCUGAGAGUGAUAUGUGCAACAAGUCAGAGAAAUUAAAUAAAUAUAAUAAGAAGGAUGCAGAGGACAAAAUAGAAUUGAAAUCAUUAGCAAUGUUAAUGAAAGAAGAAGAAAGUAAAACUUGGGAGGCUUUAAAAUCUUUCGACUGGAAACAUAAGGAAUAUUCUGGCCAAUUACGUCAUUAUCGAGAACUUUUAUCUACUACAGAAGAGCAAAUUAACGCGCAACGUGAAUGGUAUCAAAACAUCGACAUCGAGAAUAUGAAAUAUCAGCGAGAUUUGGCAAAAAUAAAAGAUGAACGUGCUACAUUUUAUCGAAGUGCAGAAAAUGAAUCACUGAAACUGGUAGUUCGACUAAAUGCAGCCGAUCAAAAGGUACGAGAAGAGGCAAAUCAAUGUUUUGAGGAAUUAAAAAGACUGCGGGAUAUCAUUGCGAUGAUUAAGGAGGCUUUUGAUAUCGCUGAUGAACAAUCAAAUUGA